CAAGCUUGGUAUCACAACAAAACUUAUAACAACCACGAUACAAUCCUAUAUUUCUCUGCUACUAUAUCGGCAAGGCGAGAAGUGAAAGAGGGGGCGUAGAAGGAAAGGAAUGCUCUUCACUUCUAUCGGGCACACAACCAGGAUCUCAGCACUAAUCUGUCGCUCGCUACUUUCUCCCCCACACUCAGUUCAAUCUUCCCUAAUCAGGUCCUACGUUUCCUCGCCCCUCAUGGACCAAGACCGCUUUAAGCUCGUCUUCUUCGCCCCGUUAUCUCAUGUGGAGGCCUGCAAAGACGCCGUAUUCGACGCCGGCGCUGGCCAGUACCCGCAGGGGAAAUACACCAGAGUCUGCUUCCAGUCCCCAGGCACCGGCCAGUUCCUCCCUGGAGGGGAUGCAAAUCCGAACAUCGGUAAAGUCGGUGCUCUGGAGUUUGUUGAAGAAAUGCGGGUGGAGGUCUUGUGCAUGGGUCGAACCACGAUGCAGGAAGCUGUAAAGGCGCUGGUCAAGGCUCAUCCGUACGAAGAACCCGGUUACGAAGUUUACAAGCUUGAGAAUGUUUCGAUUGAAGAAUAAUGGGCUAAAUAUCCUGUUUUAUCGCAUGUUGGUCGAUCAAUGGGCAUUUCGAGCGGUGAAAAGAGCCAUUAUCCUGACAUUCUAUCCCCUACCGUCUGCGGCUGUUGUUUACGAAUCCUUCGAUGUCUGAGACGAAUGAUUCCCCUUUGCGGCUAAUUUCGAUGGCGAUGCAAACGAGAGAGUGUUGAUGGAGAUUCAUCCAUUAAUGACCGAGCUUUUUAUAUUUCAGUAGAGUUUCACAUCUAUUCAUCUCGGUCGAGUGAGCACAGUGGCCUUUGCGACAGCAGUUUACGGCUCAGAUCCUGUUCGUCCCCCUUGUAGCCUCGUUCGUUUUGGUUCGCUUCUUCUGUACUAGCAAUAAUAUGCCCGAAGCGAAUGCUAUGUGUUUACUUAGGGACACCAUGUAAUAGUGACAGCAGGUCUUUUUCACGAAGUGCAUUUACAUUUUUUAUGCCCUCAUAAGUUGACCAGUCAGCUAUCUUGAGAAGUGAUAUAUACCUAGUGUUGACGCCGUCUAUAGAUAUUGUACUUGAAUCAUUGACUGCACAACGAGUAAUACGAGCUAAUUAUUUUAUAUAACCACGUAGAUGUAUAAGAGCGCUCACUGUUGGUUCUUGUAAGAGUCGUCUGUGACUUUAUUGUUGUGCCUCGGCAUCCCGACGUCAUCAAAAAAGAAAUAAAGAAGUAAAAAACUAAAAAAGAAUAAAUUGUUAAUCAGCCA